AUGAGCGACGAAGACCGCCCCAGCAGCAGCAGCAGCAAAAGGGCGUCCCUCCUCAGGCUCAAGUCCAAGGUGAAGGAAGUGAAACAAGUCGUCAUGUCCUCCCAGCUACCGCAGACGCACUACAAGAAGGAGGUGACGCGGCCGACUCGGCUGACGGGGCUGUUUCCUAAUACAACCAACCCGAUUGUGUUCUCUGCGCCGAUGCUAGGGACGGCGAACGGGAGGUUGGCGGCCGAGGUGAGCAAGGCGGGGGGGUUUGGGUUCAUCCCCGCGGGAUAUAACUUCAACCCCGAAUCCGGACCGGAUCAUCUAGGGCAGUUGGGGGAGGAGCUGAAAAUCGCGAGGAAGGUGCUGGAUUUGGAGCAGGCGACGCUGACGGCUGUCCCGGUGGGGGUGGGGUUCAUUCUUUGUCAUGAGAGUGCGAGGACGCAUUUCAUCGAGAGGGCUAUUCCCGUUUUGCAGGAGUAUUCCCCCCAGGCGGUGUGGCUUUUUGCUCCGAGGGUGGAGGAUGUGGAGGGGGGGGUGGUGAGGGGGAUUAUUGACGUGUUGCAUGAUAAUGGGUUUGUGGUUUUUUACCAGGUCGGGACGGUAAAGGCGGUGAAAGAGGCAGUUAGGGAUGGGGCGGAUGUGGUUGUUGCUCAGGGGACGGAUGCGGGGGGGCAUCAGUUUGCUAGGGGGGCGGGGACGAUAAGUUUUUUGAGGGAGGUGGUGGAGGUUGUUAAGGGGGAGAAGGAGAGGACGGGGAGGGAGGUGGAGGUUGUGGGGGCGGGGGGGGUUGUGGAUGGGAGGGGGGUGGUGGCUGCGUUGGCUUUGGGGGCUGAUGCGGUUGUUAUGGGGACGAGGUUCAUUCUCGCUGAGGAGGCGACGACGCCAAAGUUUAAGCAGGAGCUGAUUGCAAAGACAACGGACGGGGCCUCGUCAACUUUCAAACAUACGGUCAUGGACGACAUUCAGGGCACCACCAUCUGGCCAAAGAUCUAUGACGGCCGAGCCAUUGUUGGGGGUUCGGUUGAGGACCAUCUUAACGGGGUGCCAGUGGAGGACAACAUCCGGCUAUUCAAGGAAGCUGCAGAGAAGGGCGAGACGGACAGGACGAUUACUUGGGCUGGAAGCGGCGUGGGAUUGGUCAGCAAGAUCCAGCCGGCCGGUGAGAUUGUCAAGGAAGUGCGCGAAGAAGCGCUUCAACGCAUCAAGGAAUUGCAAACAUUGUUUUAAACGCCUAUUUUCGUGUAUAACCAUAGAUCAUCA